GGAAGUCUAAGCUAUACAUCGACAAAGUGCGGGUUUAAACCAUGAGCAGAGUUUGACUGGAAGCAAAAGCAACACAUAAGGAUCUAACAACAAAAGGUGAGUCCAGUCAGCAUGUUCAGGAAUAACAGCCCCUUUGGCUAUGAUACCAGCAGCUAUGCAGACUCACUCCAGUCCAAUGGUUAUUCCACGAUGGAUGAAGCCCCAUCACGGCUAUCAAAUAUGUCGAGGCCAAGUGCAAAAUCAAUUUACUCAGUGCAGAGGCAGGAGUAUGCAGCAUCAAUAAACAAGAUGAUGGGCAACUUUCAGUGCAGAGUGGAGCACCUGUUCACCUGUGACCUGGACGGGAAGGAGCUGAAAAACAUCACAGACUGUGUGGACCGUUUGAACCUGCUGGAGGAGAUGGGUCAUGUGUGGGGUCAGAACAUGCUAUUGGAGGUGCAAGGCACCAAAAUGAUGCUCACAGACAUUGAAAACAAGGAGGAGCUGGAGUCGAUGCCUCUCAGUGACAUCCAGGAGUUCAACGCUGUGCUGGACGCCGGGGUGUUUAACUCUCUGCUCACAGUGUCAGUCCAGGCCAGGAAAAAACGCAACAUCACUGUCUUCAUGUUCCAGUGUGAUGAUGUCAGGGCCGACUACGUUGAAAAAUAUCUCUCACUAGCACUGGCACGCCGGGGACAGAAUUCAGGCAUCAAAAAUGAAGUAGUGAAACCUGCAGUAGUCCCUAAACCCAAAGAGCCAGAGCCUGCAGCUGAACCAGCGUGGCAGUGGAGUGAGCCUGACUAUGAAGAAGACCAUUUGCAUGAUCCUGACAUGUUACUGCCUGAAGAUGAGGAGGAUGACGAGGAGCCCUUCAUGCGUAAAGACGUAUCUCGUUCAUACACGGAGCUGGACAGGAAUGUGGAUAUGUUGAAUCAUAUUUUAAGUGACGUUGAAAUCUUCAUGGGACAGUUAGCUGCAGCAGAAGCUAAAAAUGCAAAGAAGAAGAAGACAAAGAAGAAGAAGCAAAAGGGGAAAGUCAUGGACAGCAUGCCCACUCAAGAAGAAUUUGAAGACUGUCUCCAUAAAAUUAAAUUUGGCUUAAACCUGCUGGGGGAGCUCAAUGGAAAGAUCAACAAUCCCAGUGCUCCUGAAUUUGUCCACUCCUUUUUUGCCUCGUUAAAAUUCGUGGUGUCACACUGUUCUGAGGUUCUGCCGCCCAGCAUUGUGGCGCCGUUGCUGACGCCUCAGUGUAUCCGUCUCAUGAGUGAAGAGGCGUCCACGGAGGAGGACGAGCUGUGGCAGUCUCUGGGAGAUGCCUGGAACAUUCCCAGUACCCAGUGGCCAGAAGAUGAUGAGGACAUCCCAACCUACACCCCGCAGUUCUUCGAUGGCUGGCAGCCCCCUGAAGUCACUGCAGAACCUCCCCCCACUCCACCUCUGACCAGACAGAAGAGUGCACCCAAAUCUGUGGCCAGACCAAAGAGCUCGCAACCUGCACCCAGUAAACCAGUAACCAGGCAAGAGAGCCAGCAAUCUGCACCCAGUAAACCUGUGAGCAGUCAGAAGGAUCGGCAACCUGCGCCCAGUCAGACGUAUGCCAAUUGGAAACCUACACGCUCAAUGGAGCCAAAACUGCGAGAAGUGCGUGUGAAGUCUGACUUCAUCUCAAGAAACCAAAGAGAGCUCACCGUGAGAAAAGGAGAAAUAGUUCAGCUGCUGGACAAGACCAAGCAGUGGUGGAAAGUGAGGAAUGACAGAGGGGAGGAAGGCUUUGUCCCCAGUAAUAUCCUGAGCAAUAACAAUGAGCAACCUGAUGAAGAGGAAAUUGUGGCCUCUCCUGUCCUAACGAAGAGGUCCAAGCCUGCUGAAGUGAAAGCCUGGCUCGAAGACAAGGGCUUCAGUAAAAUCACUGUACGCUGUCUCGGCGUGGUGAGCGGCACCACGCUUCUGGGCAUGACCAGAGAGGAGCUGAAGGUGAUGUGUCCUGAGGAAGGAGGCCGAGUCUUCUUCCAGUUACAGGCAGUCAGGUCGCAGCUAGCCGCUGCCAGUUAAUGAGACCAGUGACGGGACAUCAAAGGGGACAGAAGAGGACCAAAAGAGGUCACCAAUGAUCAGACUCUGAAAACUUUGAGCUUUGAGUUUACAGUGAAUACUUACGUCUCGUUUGAAAUCAAUUAAAUAUGCUAACAAUAUAUAUAUAUAUAUAUUAUAUAUGCUAUUAUUCUUUGUCAUUAUAACAUGCAUUCAAAUCUGUCGUGUUGUCGUCUUGUGUAAUAUCAGAUCAGAAAUCGCUUGAAUUCUGUAAUAAAAAGUUGGAGUCUAAUUUGUCACAGCAUGACCUGUAAAUAAAAGUGUGACAC